AGGAGCUGACCUAGAGUGCGUUUUCCGCCCGCACGGACUCCCAGUGCUGUCAUGCUAGCAGGGGACAGGCUUCGUCUUUUCAUCUCUUCGUCCUGGACAGUGCUUUGCCACUACCGGGCAUUCUUUAGAUGCUGUCGAAUAUGAGCUGAGGGGCGCGCGAAGCUAACUCGGCCUCAGCGGGCGGUGGGGGUGGAGAGGCGAACCUUCUGCCGAACGUCAGUGCCCCCACCUCCGAAUGGAGAAGUGACUCCAGCGUAGUUUGUGGACCAGUGGUUUAUGAGGGUGCCGGUGUAAUAGACAUUCCGGACAUUGUUUUGUGGUUACUGAAAUUUAGAAAUGUGUCUUCAUAUUUUUCUCUGGUGUGGGUAGAGAAGAUAAGGCGAUUAGUUUGGCUUCUUUCAGGUUCGUUCACUUGUCUGGAAAGAAUUUCUAGGUGAAGGAUACCGGGGAGGAGUUGGGCAUCAAAUGAUAAGGUGCAGGUGUAGCACUGAGCUGCUCAUUUGUGUCCUAAGCGCUUUCUUUUCAUAAAUAUGAACUCACUUUCCUUUUCCUUAACGUUUUCUUUCUUAUAUUGGGGUACGUCUUAUAUUUGAGAUGUAGAUGAGAAUUAUUUCAUAACAAAGAUGAAAAUAGUAACUUAUAAAAAUCCAGUCAGAGGUUUCAUCUGGUGUUUUCACAUAAGGUUAACUUCUUCCACACAGUUGUAGGAAGCCUCCAAAAGAAUAAGUCCCAGAAGAUUAAAAUGUAUUAAAUGUGAUAAAGAGUGGGAAUAGAUCUAAAGAACAAAUACUAUAACCAGAUUGUUUUUGGUUGUCAGGCUGUGUAAUGGGAUCUGGGCAUGAAUCACUAUGUAGAUGCAGUCGCAUGAGGUGAUAAUAGCUCCUUGGAGGUUCUGGAAUCUUAUCAUUAGAUUGGAUAUAAUGGAGUAGGAAAAUCUGAAUUUAUGGCUUUUUUAAAAAUUGUUUUUGUUUUUCUUUUUUACAAAGAAGAAACUAGUAGCAUUUUUAUAUUUAAAAAUUCUAAGAUGUUCUUAAAAAUAGGUUUGGAAAAAACAAAGUAGGCAUGUAAAUAAAUAUUGCAGUCAUUUAAAUCUAAAAAGUUUGCCUGCCUUUCAAACUUGUUUUCGUAAUGUCUGGAAAGUGUUGGUAUCCAAAUCACCCCCAUCAUUUUAUGCUCUUGCUUUGGUGUCAGCUUUUACAAUGCAUAUAAAUAUGGUAUAAAGUAAGGUUUUGAGAUCCUCUAGAUUUACAUUAAUAUUAAUGUCUUAAAAAUAAAGUCUAAUUUUGCUACCUCAAUCUGCUGUUCAUUUUGCACAUCUAAAUGUCUGUAUUCAUAAUAAUAACUAUUAUAACUAUUAUUCAUAAUAAAUUGGUAUCCAAGUGGUAACUUAGGUGUGUGCAUUGACAUUCUUGAGGUUUUCAGUUUUGCAGAACACUGACAUCCAUGGACUCUAACAUGGACUUCAUUUAAAGAAAUCCACGGACCAUUAAUGGACAAAAACAUGAGUCAUUUUGUAUUGUGGCAUUCAAAUCCUAGCACUUUGGGAAAGGUUUUGGAGCCCUCUCUCACAUCAGAACUCUAUUCAGAUAAUCCUCUGAGUGUCAUCUCAGGGCCUUGGGCACACUCAUGGCACGAUGGCUGACCCUCAGGAGCACCUGAGCUGCUCCUCCUCCCCACACUUACCCUUGAGCGAAAACAAAACCUUCAAUGGAGUACAAGAUGAACUCACAUCCAUGGGGAGCCACCAUUCACCCAAGCUCCUUAAGGACCAGCAGGACAAGGGGGGGGUGCAAACAGAGCUACCUGAGGGCAUGAACAGCCCCAUCGCCACAACAGUGUUGACAAGUGUAAGCGAGGACUCCAGGGACCAGUUUGAGAACAGCGUUCUUCAGCUAAGGGAACAAGAUGAAUCGGAAAUGGCCGUGUCUCAGGGGAACAGCAACACUGUGGGUGGAGAGAGCGUGAGUGGAACUGAAGACAUCAAGAUUCAGUUCAGCAGGUCGAGUGGCAGCAGUGGUGGAUUUCUUGAAGGACUCUUUGGAUGCUUAAGGCCUGUAUGGAAUAUCAUUGGGAAGGCGUAUUCCACUGACUACAAAUUACAGCAGCAAGAUACUUGGGAAGUGCCAUUUGAGGAGAUCUCAGAGCUGCAGUGGCUGGGUAGUGGAGCCCAAGGAGCUGUCUUCCUGGGCAAGUUCCGAGCGGAGGAGGUGGCCAUCAAGAAAGUGAGAGAACAGAAUGAGACGGAUAUCAAGCAUUUGAGGAAGUUGAAGCACCCUAACAUCAUCGCUUUCAAGGGAGUUUGUACUCAGGCCCCAUGUUACUGUAUCAUCAUGGAGUACUGUGCCCACGGACAACUCUAUGAGGUUUUGCGAGCUGGCAGGAAGAUCACACCCCGCUUGCUAGUCGACUGGUCCACGGGAAUUGCAAGUGGAAUGAAUUAUUUGCACCUGCACAAAAUUAUUCAUCGUGAUCUCAAAUCACCUAAUGUUUUAGUGACUCACACAGAUGCAGUAAAAAUUUCAGAUUUUGGUACAUCUAAGGAACUCAGCGAUAAAAGUACCAAGAUGUCCUUCGCUGGCACAGUCGCGUGGAUGGCACCAGAGGUGAUACGAAAUGAACCUGUCUCUGAAAAAGUGGAUAUAUGGUCUUUUGGAGUGGUGCUUUGGGAGUUGCUGACAGGAGAGAUCCCUUACAAAGACGUAGACUCUUCAGCCAUUAUUUGGGGUGUUGGAAGCAAUAGCCUACACCUUCCAGUUCCUUCCACUUGCCCUGAUGGAUUCAAAAUCCUUAUGAAACAGACAUGGCAAAGUAAACCUCGCAACCGACCUUCUUUCCGGCAGACACUAAUGCAUUUGGACAUCGCAUCGGCAGAUGUUCUUGCCACCCCACAGGAAACUUACUUCAAGUCUCAGGCUGAGUGGAGAGAAGAAGUAAAAAAACACUUUGAGAAGAUCAAAAGUGAAGGAACUUGUAUACACCGCUUAGAUGAAGAACUGAUUAGAAGGCGCAGAGAAGAGCUCAGGCAUGCUUUGGAUAUUCGUGAACACUAUGAGAGAAAACUUGAGCGGGCUAAUAAUUUAUACAUGGAGCUGAGUGCCAUCAUGCUGCAGCUGGAAAUGCGGGAGAAGGAGCUCAUUAAGCGUGAGCAAGCAGUGGAAAAGAAGUAUCCUGGGACCUACAAACGACACCCUGUCCGCCCAAUAAUCCACCCCAAUGCCAUGGAAAAGCUCAUGAAAAGGAAAGGGGUGCCUCACAAACCUGGGAUGCAGACCAAACGGCCAGAUCUGCUGCGAUCUGAAGGUAUCCCCAGUGUGGAGGUGGUUCCCACUGCAUCCCCUGUGUCCGGGAGCCCCAAAAUGUCCACCUCAGGCGGCAAGAGCCGGUAUCGGAGCAAACCACGCCACCGCCGAGGGAACAGCAGAGGCAGCCACAGUGACUUUGCAGCAAUCUUGAAAAACCAGCCAGCCCCGGAAAACUCAUCCCACCCCACUUAUCUACACCAGGCUCAAUCCCAGUACCCUUCUCUGCAGCAGCAGCACCAGCAGCCCCCUCCCUCCGCGUCUCAGAGUCACCAUCCCCGGCUCAACGUGCACGGACAGGACAUUGCAACCUGCGCCAACAACCUGAGGUAUUUCGGCCCGGCUGCAGCCCUGCGGAGCCCACUCAGCAACCAUGCUCAGAGACAGAUGCCGGGCUCCAGCCCUGACCUCAUCUCCACAGCCAUGGCAGCAGACUGCUGGAGAAGCUCUGAGCCUGCCAAGGGCCAGGCCGGCCCCUGGGGCUGCUGUCAGGCUGACCCUUACGACCCCUGCGUCCAGUGCAGGCCAGAACAGUGCGGGUCCUUAGACGGUCCCUUCGCUGAGCCGGUGGGGAGGAGCCCCGACCUUUUCAAGUCACCAGCACACAACCUCCUCCCGGAAAAUGCCCAAGGGUCUGAGAAAAUGCAAGAAAACGAAUUCAACAGCUGUAGGUCUGCUUCGUCCCUUGGCAUCCUUCAUCACAUCACCCCGCCAGUGCUACCUCGAAAAACAAGGCCCCUUCAAAAGAGUGGAGAUGAGUCAUCAGAAGAGGAAGAAGGGGAAGUAGAUAGUGAAGUUGAAUUUCCACGAAGACAGAGGCCCCAUCGCUGCAUGAGAAGCUGCCAGUCGUAUUCAACAUUUAGCUCUGAGAAUUUCUCUGUGUCUGAUGGAGAGGAGGGAAAUACCAGUGACCACUCAAACAGCCCUGAUGAGUUGGCUGAUAAACUUGAAGACCGCCUGGCAGAGAAGCUAGAUGACCUACUGUCCCAGACGCCAGAGAUUCCCAUUGAGAUAUCCUCACACUCAGAUGGGCUCUCUGACAAGGAGUGUGCUGUGCGCCGGGUGAAGACGCAGAUGUCUCUGGGCAAGCUGUGUGUGGAGCAACGUGGCUAUGAGAAUCCUAUGCAGUUUGAAGAAUCGGACUGUGACUCUUCAGAUGGAGAGUGUUCUGAUGCCACAGUGAGGACCAAUAAACACUACAGCUCUGCUACUUGGUAAUGAGAGGAUACCCAUCCUGAAGAUGUCAUGACAAUACUGGCAUUUCAGAUCCGCCUCACCUCCUGAUUCUUCCCGCUCUCUCCCUGCUUUUUUGUCUGGGAAGAGAGCUGCCCCAUCUUUCUUACCCCUAGAAAUGAGCUGCAAUAACAGGAACAUGAGACUUUGCAAAUCUCUGGAAAAAAUAUCCAAAUGAAAUUAAGUCUCACUGAACAUUUCAAUCAAGAAUGGCAGGGAUCUAUUUUAUUGAAUAUUCUAGCUACUGUAACACUGAUAUUUAUUUUUGUUUGACAUUUUAACACUUUGUACUGUAAAGAUUGAACUACAUAUGAUAUAGAGAGAGACAAUAAUUUCUUGCAAAAAAAAAGAGAGAGGGAGAAAGGAUAAAAAGCAAAGAAAGAACUGGAAUUUAGGAACAACAUUCUUGAGAAUUUGUGGGGCCAAGAGUUAUCAUUGCUACUUGAACAGGGGACCAGGUCUUUUGGCCAUAAGAGACUGAAGAAGAGCCAGAGCAAGACAUGUUGAGCAUUUUAGAAAACAAAGAACUGCAAAAGAAAAGCAAUUCCAGGUAACUUGUGAACAGACCACAUUGAGUUCAACCAGCUUAUCCAAUGGGUGAUGGAAAUGACCUAGAAAAGUUUGGUGACCAGCUACUUGCACCCAAGGUCUUUGAAGGCAUGUGCUUCCUCUAGGAGGAAAAAGAAAACUAUAUAUGUGAAAACUGGUUUCAUUUUUUAUUUAUUUUAAGCAGCAUUUGGUUGUGAGACUUACAGAUAGAGUCGAACCUUCCUUGACAAAUAUUUACCUUUUAAAUGCUGUCAUUGUCAUUAUCUUGACAAAUGUAUUACCUUGACCAAUGUGCCAUUUUCUUGUAGCCAUUUUCUUUCCAUCUGUUGACCACUUCCUUUAGGAAAAAGGGGAGGGCUGAGGAGAGAAGGGUAAGAGAAUAAGGAAACUGACAACAGUGUUAGAAAAGCAAGUGGGGAAUUUAUAAAAGUACAUUGUCAGAACACCUCAGGUCAGCUUUGUGGAGAAGAUGGAAUCACCCCUCUCUGGAGCCAGGUUGCUUGUCUACUAGAGUCAUAUUGAUUCAAACAGGAGAACAGCCUUUGAAGGCAGCUAGGAUGUGUGUGAGUCUGUCCAGUGUCCAAUCCCAAACCAUCCCCUUGUUUUCAUUCAUCAAUUUAUUCUAUCCUGUAAGCUUUAGUGACUGGCUUCCACUAUCAGAAUAGAGGCAAAAUAAGCACCUUGCAGAAAGCACCCCCCCACCCUUCCACCACGAUAGCAUUUUUGUUAAAUGCUAUUUGUGAAAUGUAUUUUACUUCUCUUUGGAUCAAUGCAGUUUUAAAUAAUUGGAUUUGGAAAUUUGUGGAAAGAACAACUGAUGCUGAGCAGCAAUUGGGAAGGUUUUACCUUGUCCAAAGCAUGAGGUCCUUCCUGUCCAGGGUCAUGGGCCCUGAAAAGCAUCCCAAGGUACUUCAUGGUACCUCAGCUUUAAGAUAAAUUUUUAUGUGGAAUUUUACAUAAAAACAGAUGUUGGCCUAGUUCCUGUCUCUGCCUCCAAGAUAGGUUACUGUCAAACAGUGUCUCCAGGCUCAAGAUCUGAAGAAGAUGGCAGGACUCUUUGACUCUGCAUCGUGUUGGACAUUAGGAAAGACUUACACAUAUUGGUAUUAAACCAUUUCCAAUGCAGGUGAAAACAUUGACCUCCUCUGAGUGUCACUGAUUGCAUCAGCCAAAAAGAAAAGGCAGGAGGGAGUUUAGAGCAGUUCCUUUUGCUUGUUUGAUCCCUCCAUUUGUUUACAACUUAUGUUGAGAUAUUAAUUUAAAACCUAGUGUAUUUAAUUUAUAGCUCUUAGGUGAGAUGAAGGAAGAUGUCUAACUUAUACAGGGAGCAGUAUUGUUUGCAUUAAAUUAUUCCAUUUUGUAUCAAUUCUGUAGCUGGACUACAUGAAAGAUCUUAAGUUAUGGCAUUAUUAUCAUUGUUAUUUUAUUUUAUAAUAAUUAUUAUCAUUCUCAUUUUCUGUCGAUCAGAAGGUGUGGUUUACAGUGUAGCACAAUGAUUGUGUCUAUGGCUAACCAUGAAUUAUCAUGAAUUUUUAUGAUUUUUAUGAAGGAAUGAAAGUGGCACUGCCACUUGGAGGCUCUCCAGUAUCCAUCUUAGGUGCAUUCCCUCACUUUCUGUGUACAACCACAAUCAUCUGAGGACGCGUGUUCUGCCCUGGAGCCCAAUGGCUACAUUGUGAUUUUGACUUGAUCGCGAAAGCUCCUGGGUGGGCAGGUGACUGAGUGGAUGGACAAAUAGUUCAAAGGCUGUAAACUUUCUCAAGUUUCUUAAGAAAUAAAAUCAUGAGACUACA